AUGGGACCUUGUUUGCUCAUCCUGAGCCAUGUGAGUCAUAUGAGACAAAAAGGAAGAGAAGAAGAAGAAAAGAUGGAGGAGCUGUCCCAGUGGGUGAGGGAGGCUGGGCAGUGGGUGAGGAGGUGCUGCUGCUGUGCUGAGAAAGAGGAGAAUGAAGAGGAGAAAGGGAGGCAGGAGGGUGAUGAAGGAGAAGAGGAGGAGGUGAAUAUGGAGGGGGUGAAUAUGGAGGAGGUGAACUUCAGGAAAAGUUCAUCUUCUCUCCCGCCUCCAGAGCUGGAUUCAGGCUCCGCCUCCUCGGGGUCUCAGCCUCACUGGUUCCACACUCUGCAGGUCCGUCGGCUGAAAGUCCAGCGUGGACGCAGCAACAGCGACCCGCUGAGAGGGAGCCCGGAGCCCUGCACCUGGAAAGCAGGUCUGCAGUUCGGCGCAGCCCACUCGUACCUGAGUCUGGAGAAACUGGGCGAGGGAGCUUUCGCCUCCGUCUACAAAGGCAUCAGCAGGAUAAACGGGCAGCUGGUGGCUCUGAAGGUGAUCCGUAUGAAGACGGAGGAAGGCGUCCCGUUCACCGCCAUUAGAGAAGCCUCUUUACUCAAACGUCUGAAACACGCCAACAUCGUCCUCCUGCAUGACAUCAUCCACACCAGAGAGACGCUCACCUUCGUCUUCGAGUACCUGCAGACAGACCUGGGUCAGUACAUGAUGCAGCACCCUGGAGGUCUGCGCUCUCAGAACGUGCGGAUCUUCAUGUUCCAGCUGCUGCGCGGUCUCUGCUACAUCCACAGCCGCAGGAUCCUCCACCGAGACCUGAAGCCCCAGAACCUGCUCAUCAGCUACCUCGGAGAGCUCAAGCUGGGCGACUUCGGUCUGGCCCGGUCCAAGUCCAUCCCCAGUCAGACCUUCUCCUCUGAGGUGGUGACCCUUUGGUACCGCCCCCCCGACGUCCUGCUGGGAUCCACAGACUACUGCACCGCCCUGGACAUGUGGGGGGCUGGGUGCAUCUUCAUAGAGAUGCUGCAGGGGGCGCCGGCAUUCCCAGGAGUCUCCGAUGAGUUUGAGCAGCUGCAGAAGAUCUGGGAGGUCCUGGGCCUCCCCUCUGAGGACAGCUGGCCUGGAGUCAGUCUGCUCCCCAAUUAUAGACCAGAGCGGUUUCUUUGCUCAGAACCAAAGCAGCUCAGGACCGUUUGGAAAAGGUUGGAGCAGCUGCCCUAUAAGACCGAGGACCUGGCCCAGGAGAUGUUACAGGUGGUCCCUACAGAGCGGAUCUCGGCUCAGGAGGCGCUGCAGCACCCAUACUUCAGCACGCUUCCUCUUCCCAUCAUGCACCUCAGAGACACUGUGUCCAUCUUUAAGGUUCCUGGUGUUCAUCUGGAGACGGAGGUCAGAGACAUCUUUAACCCUGGGCGGAGGGUCAAACCCUCCCUGCUGCCCACCCAUAAAUUAUGGUGACUGUAAGCUUCAGUCAGAGGGGUGAACAAACCCAGACGUCUCUCUGAAGAUACAAUCUGCACUUUAAAGUGAUUUAAAUCGAUAAACCUAUAAAUAUAUACACACAUACGGUGGUGAUGUUGGAGGAAGUCCUUCUGGUUUAAAUAAAGAUUUGUAUGUCAAACUUUCACUCAGAUCAGCUGUUAGGAUCUUAUGUAAAUCUGAUUUCUUGUUGCUGUAAAUAUAAACCGUCCCUGCAGUCUUCUGUCAGCAUUCGUUAGCAUGCGUUAGCAGCAGAUUAACGAGUCCCCUGAAACUGCUCAUGAAUUUUGAAUGAAGCUUUAUUAACAAAGCUCCAGGCCGACCUCCGCUGACAGACACGGCGUGUUUCUGGUUUCUGCGUGAGGAAACUUGACGUUUAAAACUUUAUUAGUCUUCUGAUACAGAAACACACUGAGGGUGGCACUGAUGUGGAGUCAGGUGGACCUGGGCUGAUGUGGUCUGACCUUCACCUGUCUGACCUCUUCUUCUUCAGUGACACCUCCACACCGAUCACAGCGCAGCAACAAUAUUAAAAUAUGGAGAAAAACACUGUAAAACAUUAAGAUGUGUUUUGUUUUAGGGGGAGGAGUUCUUGGUUUCUGUUUGGUAGAAUAUCCUGUGACUGAACCUGAUAAUCAGAAGCAAAAUUAUGGAUGGUUUUGUUUUAUGUUACUGUACGAUUGAUUGAUCUGCAGUGGUGAUUUUUUUCACUGUGGUGAUGAAUAUCUUACAGUUCAGGACAAUAAGGUGUUUUAAGUUAAUGUAUUCAGUUUUAUGUUGUUUGUUGUUUAAUUCAGUUGUAAAAAUAAAAACAUAAAAAUAAAAAAUGCUUUGAUGAUCCACCAAUUGACUAAAAUGAAGAAAUAAAGAUAAAAAAUGGGGACGAUUUAAUUCUGAGCAUUCAAAGACAUAAAAACUGUAAAAUAACAUGAUUACAGUAUAUUUUCAGUACAGAAACGUUUAAAUUAAACACUGUUAAA